GUUCUAGACUAAAUCAGACGGUCAGCUUCAUCCUGAUGUCAAAUCCUUCACGGUGCUGCAUCUGUCUGGAUGAGUUCAUCAACCCAGCCUCUCUCCCCUGUGGACACUGCUUCUACCUGGUGUGCAUAGGAGAUUACUGGAGAAUCAAGGAGAGCUUCCAGUGCCCCCUCUGCAUGACAGUCUUCCCCAAAAUGCCACAACUAAAGACCACACACACACCACAAACUGAAAAUGAAACCACACCUCUAAAAGCCGGAGUGGUCCCAUGUGAUUUCUGUCGACCCAAGCAUCCUGCAGUGCGGUCCUGCUUGGUGUGCCUGGCCUCCUACUGCAAUGCUCAUCUAGAGCCACAUUAUCACAGGGAGGAUCUUGGACGCCAUCUGCUGGUCAGUGUGUCAAAAAACCUAGAGGAUUCUCUCUGCAGGUUACAUGGGAGGAAGUUGGAAAGGUUCUGCAGGAGUGACAGAACAUUAAUUUGCACCAUGUGCAACAAGACAGAACACAGGGGUCACCACACCGUUUCUAUCAGCAAGGAAGCCUCAAAAAGCAAGAUUAAACUAAAACGUAAACAGAUUCAACUUCAGCAAGACAUUCAGGACAAGCUGAGUGUGACUGAAGAAAUGAAGCUAACUGCAGACCUCCAUGAAGAACCUGCAGAGCUUUGGGCACAAAGUAAGAAGCUCAUCAAACAGCUGGAAGAAGAGAUCAGCAAGUUAACAGAGAGAAACGCUGAGCUGGAGCAGCUCUCAAAGACAGAAGACAACCUGCACUUUCUGCAGCGAUUCUUACACUUGUGUUCGUGAUUGGAACCACAAGAUGAUGGCAAUGGUGAAGAUUCGAGCCCAACACCUCUGAACUGAAAAUUCUUGUUAUAUUUGCAACUGACAUAUUUUGACUAUAUUUUUAAUAAAAAUACAAUGCUGUGAAGUAAAAAUGAAAAUGUAAUUAUUGUUUUUGCAUAAGAGGCCCCAGAAGACAUGAAAGAAGAACUUUGAUUUUCUUUCAAGGUUGCUCAUUUGCUGUAAGAAAUGAUUAAUAUUUUUCUCAUCUGUUAUUUUUUUACUUUAUACAAUUUUGUUUUUCUUUAUUAUUAUGUUACCUUACAGCUUUUAACGCAUAACAUAUUUUGAAAUUAUUGAUCAUUAUUACACCUCUGGUUUUGAUACUCAUAGUAGCCCAUAAAGGUCCACCUGGUA